UACUGUGGCUCGAGCAAGGUGUUGGACUUAGUUGGAUGACGUAAUCCGCUGGUGCCGGGUCCUUGUCAUUAUAAAGCCACAUAUAUACGGAUUGCGCCACAGCGCUAGCCACAACUUUGGCACUUCCAGUUCACCAACUUAUCUCUGGCAUACGGGAGUUUCCGACCAGCACCAUCUGACGCGCGAUCAUCAUCUUUAUCACAACGCAGCGCUCGUCUCAGCUUUGACGUGAGCCAGACACCUCGGUUGAAAGCUUGCAGGAGCAUAGCCGUAGACGGACUGGGCUCACCAGGUACGUGACUACUGCAGUGUCAUUCUGCGUUUUGCAUCUCCUGUCAGGCGCAAGAAAUUCAUCAUGUCGUACCCGGGUCCUCCAGGUGUCUCGAAGCCGUCACAUCCAUCGCUGCCUCCGCGCCCAGCCGUCACCAAAGUUGGCGGCUUUAAGCCCGCCUUUUCGCCCGCGCCUACAGCUGCCGCGGUCGGCUACACAGGGCCCGCGACGUCGUAUCCCGGCUACGGACCCGCGACGACACCUGCCAGCUAUGGCGCACCUCCUACCGCGCUGCCCUACGUGGGUAACCCUUCAGCUCCUGCCAUAGGUGCCGGCCGCGGUGGCUAUGGCCAGGGAAGCACUUACAACUACACAUCCCAAGGCUAUGCGCAGCAGCCAUCCUACUAUGGCGCCGCACCGGCCACGGGUUACUCGGCACCGCCUCAAAUCCGCAACCCGUUCCCAGCCCCGGACACCGCAACCCCAGACUUCGACUCCGAGAUGGCGGCUCAAAUAGCCCAGUGGCAGAGUGCUUACAUGCCGAAAGACGCCAGCGAUCCGACCAACAAAGCAACUGCUACAGGCGGUCGCAGCGGCACCGGCACUCCAGCACUGGCUACACACGCCAGCACACCGGAAGCGACCACCCCCAAUGCUAGCGGCGAGUCGAACGAGAAGAAGAAGACAGUCUACCGUGAGGGCGGCGGUAAGAAAUGGCAGGAUGACUCGCUACUCGAAUGGGACCCUUCGCACCUGCGUCUCUUCGUGGGCAACCUCGCGGGCGAGACGACAGACGACUCCCUGCUCAAAGCAUUCUCGCGUUGGAAGAGUGUGCAGAAAGCCAAGGUCAUCCGUGACAAGCGCACGAACAAGAGCAAAGGGUUCGGCUUCGUUAGUUUCAGCGACCCGGAGGACUUCUUCCAGGCCGCCAAAGAGAUGAACGGGAAGUACAUCCAGAGCCAUCCGGUAGUGGUGCGCAAAGCGAAGACGGAAAUCAAGCCGGCAGUGGUCAAGGAGGAUCGCAAGGGCAAGAACAACAAGAGUGGUGGAAACAAGAGCGGCAGUGGCAUGGGCGCAGGGGCGGGCACAAAUGGGACCGGGGCGUAUGAGCCGCAUCUAGGUCCAAUGGGAGGUGGUGGUAUCACCAAGCCAGGGCAGAAGACGAAGGGCGGGUUGAAGUUGCUCGGUUGAGGUCGUCCGUUUGUGAGAUAGCUUUCUCGACAGUCUAGCGCUGACCGAAGUAUAAUGUGGAGUGAGGAGACCAUUCAUUUUGCACACCGAGGCGGAGCGCCUCAUCGCAGUGGUUGUUGUUGGGCUCCGGCCUACCUUUUACGUGGAUGUAGGUAGAGAUAAGGGGGUUGGUUAGAGGUAUCGAUAUAGACCACCGUAUUGGAAUAAUGCGAAUCUGUCCCUAAACGCGUCAGGAUUCAGAGAGAACACAUCUCGUAUGUCAAUAUG